AGAUGAGCCAGAGGACAAGAGCUAAGGCUGAAGCUGAGGCUCAGGAACUGAUGGCCAGUUUCUUCGAGGAUCUUGAAGCAAAUGACAAACAACUGAGAGAACAGAUCCGCACUAAGGCCGUUAGGGUACUGAUGGGGAUUUUCAUCUACGACCCUGAGACCAAUGACCCCUCAAUCAAGGUCCUGAAAGAGGUGGAUGCUGGAGCAGAGGAAGAGGAUGAAGCCAUCAGUCAGGUCUUGGAUGAGGAAGAGGGAACAAUCGACCUGCCACUGGAAGAAGACGAGGCUGAAGCAGAGAGUAAAGCUGUUGCUGAAGCUGCUGUUGAAGAUAAGGUUGAAGCUGAUGCUGAAGCUGAGUCUAAAACUGAGAUUGAAACUGAGGCUGAAGCCGAGGCUGGGGUUGAAGCUGACGCUGAGUUUGAGGCUGAGACUGAAGCUAAGUUUGAGGCUGGGGCUGAAGCUGUUGCUGAUGCUGAAAUUGAGGUUAAAGCUGACGCUGAAGCUGAGGCUGAGGCUGAAGCUGCGGUUGAAGCUAAUCCUGAGGAUGAAGCUGAGGUUGAAGCUGAGGCUGAAGCCGAGGUUGAAGCUAAUCCUGAGGAUGAAGCUGAGGUUGAAGCUGACCUAAACACCAACGAGACGGAUGAGCCUGCUGAAAGCACCAGGAAAGGAGACGAGAAAAAGAAAAGGACCAGGAGAGGAACACGAGGCAGAGGCAGAAAGAUCAAUUACAGAAAGUUCCAGGACAACAAAGCAGAAACAGAGAAGCUGAAAGAGGUGGAUGAUGGAGCGGAGGCUGAAGCCAUCAGUGAACUGAUGAACGUCCUCCUGGAUGAGACAGAGGAAUCCAAUGGCCAGUCUCUGGCAGGAGAAAGUGGGGAGAUCGUGAUGAGUGCCGACGCUGAAGCUGAGGCUGAAGCCUUUAAUGAUUUCCUGACCGUCCUCCUGGAGGAGAUAAGCGACGAGAUCAACCUGCCUCUGGGGAUGCUGAAAGAGGUGGAUGAUGGGGCGGAGGCUGAAGCCAUCAACCAGCUCCUGAACGUCCUCCUGGAUCAGUCAGGGGAAAUGAUCGACCUGCCUCUGGGGAUGCUGAAGGAGGUGGAUGAUGGGGCGGAGGCUGAAGCCAUCAGCCAGCUCCAGAACGUCCUCCUGGAAGAGACAGAAGAAAAGAUCGACCUGCCUCUGGGGAUGCUGAAGGAGGUGGAUGAUGGGGCGGAGGCUGAAGCCAUCAGCCAGCUCGAGAACGUCCUCCUGGAUCAGUCAGGGGAAACUUCUGGCCCGUCUCUGGGUGAGUAAAGAACAUAAAUAAUGCCAAAAUAUUUCAAUAACAACAUUAAAUACAAUUUACACUGACAAAGU